AUGCCUGACAUAGCAGUUAACAAUAUCGUGGAAGAGAUGUGCCUCGAUCGCUGCCCAAGACAUGAUGUAAAGAUCGUCAUCGGCGACCUUAAUGCUCAGGUUGGCCAGGAGGUGGAAUACAGACCGGUAAUUGGAAGGUUCAGCGCCCACCAGCAGACGAACGAGAACGGCCUAAGACUAAUCGAUUUCGCCACCUCCAAGAACAUGGUCAUAAGGAGCACCUUCUUCCAUCACCGCCUCCUGCAUCGAUACAUCUGUAGAUCACCGCAACAAACAGAGACGCAAAUUGAUCAUGUUCUGAUUGAUGGACGGCACUUCUCGGACAUUAUCGACGUAAGGACCUAUCAGGGCGCUAACAUAGACUCGGACCACUAUCUGGUCAUGGUUAAACUGCGUCCAAAACUGUCCAUAGUGAACAGUGUAAAAUACCGGUGCCCGCUGCGGUAUAACCUGGACCGACUGAGGGAAACCAACGUCGCGACAACAUACGCGCAGCAUCUUGAAGCAACACUGCCACUGGAGGAGGAACUCAUCGAUGCUCCCUGUUGGGGAGAUGGCCAAUUACCUUCAAUCCGUCGAUAG